GAGGAGGGGCGGUGGGUGUGCUACCCUUCGCUGUGGUUGCGGCUGCCCUGAACUGAGGGAAUCGCGGGCGAGCUCGGAGCUGUGCCAUGGGCUCAGUGAGCUUUGAGGACGUGGCUGUGCACUUCACCCAGGACGAGUGGGCUCUGCUGGAUCCUUCCCAGAGGAGUCUGUACAGGGAUGUGAUGCUGGAGACCUGCAGGAGCCUCACUGCUGUAGGACACAAGUGGGAAGACCAGAACUUGGAAGACCAUUAUAAAAAUCCUGGGAGAAAUCUGAGAAGUUACACGUUUCAGACCUUCUGUGAGAAUGAAGGUGGUGAUCAAGAUGGAGAACACUUGAGUUGGAAACCAGAUCUCAGAAUGAACCUGAGAAGUCCCACUGGGUUAACCCCAUGGGGUCACAGUGUGUGGAGAAUGGCUUCCCCGAGUCAUUCAUCCUCUAGGCAUGCCAUACCUCACUCUCGGUGUAAUGCACAUGAGCAGGAGAGACAUGUGACCAAGCAGUAUAACCCUGAUUCUCUGAUAACCUUCCAACGCUACAUGAGAACGCACAUUGUGAAUGGGCCGUGUGAGUGUGAAGUAUGUUUAAAAUACUUUGGUUUUCCAGGUACAUUGGAAAUACGUCAGGAAACACAUAGUGGAAAAAACCCCUAUCAAUACAAGGAAUGCGGAAAGACCUCUGAGAAAGUUAGCUUACUCUGUGCACAUGGAGGAACACAUGCCGGAGGAAAAUGUUACGAGUGCAACCAAUGUGGGAAAGCUCUGAGUUCGUACAGCUCACUUCGAAGACAUGAGAGAAUCCAUACUGAGAAAAAACCGUACAAGUGCAAACAGUGCGGGAAAGCCUUUCGAUACCACAGUUACCUUCACUUACACGAACGAAUCCACACUGGCGAGAAACCCUAUGAAUGUAAACAAUGUGGGAAAGCGUUUAUAUUUCCGGGUGCCUUGCAGGUACAUGAAAAAAUUCACACGGGAGAAAAACGUCACGAGUGUAAACACUGUGGGAAAGCCUUCAGACGCCAUAGCGAUCUUCAAGUACACGAGAAGAUUCAUACAGGGGAAAAGCCCUACGCGUGUACACGGUGUGGCAGAGCCUUUAGACUGAACAGCCAUCGCCAGAGACACGAACAGACUCACACUGAAGACAGACCCUUCAUAUGCAAGCGGUGCGGCAGAUCUUUUGAGUGUUACAGUAAUCUCGAGUUACAUGAAAAGAUCCAUACUGGAGACAGGCCCUUUGUUUGUACAGAGUGUGGCAAAGCCUUUGGAUGUCACAGUAACCUACAGUUACAUGAAAAAAUUCAUACUGGAGACAGACCUUUUGUAUGCAGAGACUGCGGGAAAGCCUUCAUAUGUCACGGUCAUCUCCAGAGGCACGAAACAACCCAUACCGGAGAAAAGCCCUAUGGAUGUAAACGGUGUGGCAAAGCCUUCAGCCGUAACAGUCAUCUUCAGAGGCAUGAGAGAACUCACAUGCAAACGUCUACAUGCUCCAGAAAAUAAUUCCACCCAAGUCCAGCUAGGCGAGCGGACUCUUGCCUUAGGAUUACUUCUAGGACCAUGGACAGCUUACAGACAGCUGCAUCUUCAAAAUGCACUCCAGCCUAAGUGACCACUCACAGGAACU